CAACGUGCGGCGGACGAUAACGGUAAAGUGAAGUGUCGAAGUUUUAACUGAAUUAAGAAAAAUAAAUAUCAUUAAAAUCUUCAUUCAAAAAUAUAUCACCAACAAAUUAUUAAAAAAAAAAUAUAUAUAUAAAAAAUGAUAUAUCACAACUAUUGACAACGGUAAAUUUGUGCGUGUGACGACGCUUUUUUCAACCGGGACAUUGAAGUGUUCGAGCGCGCGUUUGAGUGUGUGUGUGUGCCUAUGUGUCUGUGCUAUUGGAUUGCCCAAAAUAAUGGGACAAAUUAAUUAUUACUAGCAAUUAAAGCCACAAUAAAUAAGAAAAAUAUUUUACAAAUACUUAAUAAAACGUGUAAAAGUGUAUCAAAGUGUCUGAUAACUGUAAAGUUUUUGCCGCUAACGGAAAAGCAUAUCAAAGAAAGGAUUAUUUGGGACUGAAAAAUUCACUUUGAAAGUGCUUAAGAACAGUAAUGGAAAACUGAAAACUUCUUCUGGCCACUGAGACAGUGAGAGGAGAGUCAGAAGGAGAGCGACAGAAGGAAAAUUGAACAGAAAUCGGAACAAUCCAAUCGGAACACAAAUCUUGAAACCAAAGUCCAUUGCGGUUCCGCCAAUUAAUAUUGAUGACGUCGUCGCAUCAUCAAAUCAGUGGCAAUCAAGGCUAGGCGUGUAGGUGGUGGAAAAACUGUGCACAGUUGAGUUUCCACAAAUAUGCGCCAGCAAACAGAAUCAGAAUCGUCGGACGAUGCUAUAAUGAGUCAUAUCAGCGAGCAAAUAUUAUCCACAACAAAACAGCCGACCGGGGAGUAGUGGGGGCCAAACAAUGAGCAGAGCAGGAAAAUCAUCAGCGGGAAAAGCAACCAGCUCUUGAGUAAAUAGAAAAUCACGAGCAAAAUCAAUACGAAAUCAAUACAAAUACGUUGGGCAGGGAGCUACACACAGACAUAUAGGAGAUAGAGAGCGGCAGGCAGACAGAAAUUGAUUGUCAACAUUAUUCGUUGUCGCGUGGAGAGAGCCCAGAAAAACAACAACCCGGUGGAGCAGUGAAAAACAGUAGGAUAAUACAACAAAAGAGUGUCGCUCGAAAGGAGUGAAAGACAAACAAAGGAAUAUCCCCCAUAGAACAAAAAUGGGUGGCAAGCACCAUCAUGGUGCUGGCGGAGGAUCCGCUGGCGGAGGCAAUGGAGGUGGCGGUGGCAGUCUCAACUCGAGCAUGUGCAACUCGGUGCUCACCAAUGCCACAACAGCAACCAGCAGCAGCCUCACCCAACAGCAGCAGCAGCUGCAGGCAAAGUACAUUAAAUCGAAGCGCCACCAGAGUCGCUACACCAAUCUGCAGCAUUCUGGUCACGACUCUGGUAGCUAUCUGCAUCUGAAUUCGCUCUGGUCGAUCUGGUACGGUGUCCUACUCACCCUCUUCCAGGGAUAUUUGGCCAUGCAUGGCGCCUACAGGUUCUUGGGUUGCUCUUUGAUACCCUGGAAAAUUGAGCCCGUUGCGGAAUUGAAUCUACAGAUAGUGCUCUCUGGCGUAGUGUUCAUCCUCCUGCCAGUAUUCUUCACGUCGGCAGUGUUUAAGGUUGGCAACUUGGCAAACGAUGGCAUAAAAUUGGCCACAGGCGCACGGGAGCGACGCUGCACGCUGGCACCCCAUGACGGCCUCGAGGAGGAGACACGCGGCGGGACGUUGCGUGCCCUGUGGACACACGGCGGACCAACGGCGGCCUUUGUCCAUAUACUGAUUGCGCUUUGUUUGCUACUGCCGCGGCUGUUGCUCGAGGCACGCAUCAUCGAGAACGGACUUUUGCCGAAAGAACAAAUUUGGGCCACUGAAAUGGACUUUGUUGUUAUCAAUCGACGCAAUUUGAUGGCCCUAUCGGUGGUGGGACCAACAGCGCUGCCCAAGCACUAUCAUCAACAGGAGCAGGAGCAGGAGCAGGAGCAGCAUCCACAGCAGACUUUGAACAUGACCACAGCAAAUGGUGUUAGUCUCGAGGACGAAGAGGACUACUACAACGACACCAUGUUCACGGCCAUGCGGGGGGGCAUGGGCGCAGGCAAUAACAACUUGUUCGAGCUACGACCCCAAGCAGAAGGCAGACAGAAGGCGUCGGCGAAGACAACGACAACGACGUCCAAGGCGACAACCAAAUACAAAAAAUUUAAUGCUGGCAAAUACUUUGAAGUGCCCGAUUUAAUUAAUCAAGAUAUUGAUGAGGAGGAGCGACAAGAGCUCGAAGAGGCCAUCCAUGGGGACGAAGACAACAACGAGGACGAGGAGGAGAUUGGUGUGCUCGAUGAGGACGAAGAGCCGGAGCAGGGCACUGUUAUACUGCCUGAUUUUGAUGAGUUUCUGACGAAAACCACGACAACAACAAGCAGUGGGAGCGCCAGCGCCAGCGCCAGCGAAGACAGCAACAAGUUGAGCAUCGAAAAUUGGCAGACAUUGGGCACACUGGGAAAGGGCAGAUCAACCACAACUGAGGAGCCAACAACAAGCAGCACAACAACAACAACCAGCAGCACCACUACAACACCAGCAACAACAACCACAACAAGAGCAACAACCAAAGCAACAACAACGAGAGGAGCAGCAAUAGCAACAGCCAGCAAGCAGCCACAGCAUCAUCAUCACAGCAAAACGCGAAAGCACCACAAACAGCACCACAAGAAGCAACAACAGCCACCGCGUCGCCAUCAUGUGGCAUCACAUGAGCAGGCAAUGCUGGAGAGGGAAGCGGUGCAGGAGGAGACCACAACGCGGGACAGCAACAUACAUCGCGUGCGACCCGAAGUGCUGCCAGAGAUCAUUAUACCCUCAACGCCGGUGUCGAGCAACUCCAAGAUCAUCGCCAUCAAGCCAAAGAACCAAAAGCGAAGAAUCAGCAAGCGUUCGGCAGGAGUGGAGAUUGAACCGGAAUAUCAGCUGGGAGAUGGUGCAGGCAGCAUCAGUUCGAGUGAGUUUGUAGCCAAAUCGAAUGAGGAGGAUACCGAGGAGAGCGAGGACUUUGAUUUGGAGGAGGGAGACUUUCAAUCGGUGCCGGCACUGACACCUGCCACUCCCGCUCCGACAUUGCCCGGCAAUGACUACGUCCGGCUGGAUGGCUUUGCCGGAAUGUUGCAGCUCUUCUUUGGCAUCGACAAGCCCAUCGAUGUGGCCAUUUUUGCACAGCCACCGAGUGCCGAGUUUGUGAAUCUGCUGUGCGCUCUACUCGUCUGGUCUGUGCGCUAUCCGGCCGUGUUCUGGAACACCUCAAAGUCCUUUGCCUGUGUCUUUAGUCUGCAAAUGAUUGUGGCCGCUUUGGAUAUCAUCCUGGGCUAUGUGGGCGUCUCGAAUCUGUACAAGCUGCAGAUCUAUGCGGAGGCAAUGCCCGUGCAUCAGCCUGGACUCAUACUGAAUGCCAUUGUGACGCUGGCGUUGUAUCUGCUGGCCACUGCGCUGGUGCUGGCCUCCUCGAUGGUCAUGUAUCUGUAUGGACAUGGACGCUUGGCCACACGCAUGAGGGAUCGCUCGAUAAUCACGCUGAAAGCCAACGAGACUUGGAUUUACUUUGCUCACUGCGCCUCCUUGUGCUUUGUGCUGGCACUGGCUGUGGUGAAGGCGCCGCUGCUCAACGAUCUGAGUGCCACCUACAAGAAUAAUUUGCAUUGUCCAACAUUUUUGGCAGCACUCAUUGGUGUCACACAUCUGUUGCUGUGGAUUGUCGUCUGGCUGUGUCUGACGAUCAAACGUCGCUGGCACUUCAAGCUGCCGCCGAUGGACAACACUUAUGGGGGAUUGCUGAACAAGGCGAGUGCUCAGCCCCUGCUCAUGUCCAGUGGCCAGCGUACGGGCAGUAAUUCGAGCAGCGGUGGCAACUCCACCAGCACGACCAUGAAUGGCGGCAAUGAUUCCAGCUCAAAGCCGGAUAUGAUGAGUACGGCGACCAGCACGGAGCUGGGCAUGGGCAUGGGCAUGGGUCUGGCCGCACAGGAGGACAUUUAUUGGCCAAAGUUAACGCCAAGUUCGCCCAAGCUGAAGGUCACCUUCAAUGAAGUUACGAGUACGUCUGAUGAUGUCCUACUAAUUGGUGACCAAGAACAAACUGAUGGCAAGCGCCAUACGAGCCGUGGAGCCUCGAUAUGUUUUGCCAGUGCUGCGGGGGAAAUUGACGACGGCGAGUACGCGACACUAAGGGCAGCCACUGCUGGCGCCGUUGUGGGCAUCACCAUGGGCAGCAUGAAGAGUGGUCUGGGCUUGGGUGCUGCUGGUGCGUGUGUUGGUUCAGCCGGUGGUGGAAGCAUUUCAUCGUCAUCGGUGGGCGUUAGUCUGCUCCACCUGUCGGAAUACGAUGAGCUGCCACCGCCACCUCCAACCAACCACCAGCAACAGCAACAACAGCAGCAGAGACAACAACAGCAGCACCACCAGCAUCCACAUCCUCAAUUUGCCCAUGGACAUCCCCACGACUAUGCGAACCUCAGCGGACUGGGCGGCAUCAGCGAUGACAACAUCUCGGAGGAGGGCAAGCUGUUGGCCUGCGUGCGUGACGAUAGCAUUACAUAUGCCUCGACCAGAGAUCUAGAGCCGCCACAGCCGACGGCAGCACCGCCACCACCGCCGCCAUUGCCCGUCAAGGGUGCACCCAUGCCACAGCCACCGGCGCUGCAGCCCCAUCACGGUCCGUUUGGACGUGCGCCUCAAGCCAUGCCCGAGAUAAUGCAAUUGUCGCCCGAGCAUCAUCAGAAGUCGCAUCUACAGCAGCAUCUACAGCAGCCGCUGCAGCCACAGAAGCCGCUGCCGCCGCCACAUCAUCCUCUACAGCAGCAGCAGCAGCAAGGCAAUCAAAUGCAUCUAGUCAGUCCCUUGGCACCCGUCACGGUUGCCGUACACACAAAUGAAGCGCAUAUUGCCUCCAGUUCCACAUCCCGUUGCCUGCGUCGCGCCGACUCGGGCGUACCCAAUGAGGCUCUGACGCCACGCAGUGACACCACCUCGAUCACGGAGAGCACCACCACCUCGCCGCCAGAGCGCGCACCCUCCGAGUCCUCGAGCGGCGUGCACUCGGGCGAAGAGCGUGAGCUGGAAGUCAUCAUCAGACCAAGGGCCAGCUGCAAGCCGCCGCCACGUCCACCACAGCCGCCCAUCCAGGAGGAGCCCUACGGCCGCUGCACCAACAUGCGCAUGUCCAGCUUCAAUGCCGAUCCCGCAGCCUCGCUCAACACAGCUACCGGAAUGAACAGUGCCACGCUGCCGAUGCAGCGCACUGCACCGGAGCAGAAAUUUGAUUACACGGCCCACUGCAGCACGAUGCCAUUGCCGGUGGGCUGCCACAGCCAGCAGCUUGCCGGCAACACGGCCAACGGCGGCUAUGCCUCCACCUCGGCCAUGACCACAUCCAUGGGAGGGGGCAUACCGCCGCCGCCGUCGCAGGUCACCAGCUUCAAGACGUCCGGCAUUGGCAUUCACUAUGCCAACGCUGCAGUGGCCCUGGGCAAUGGUCAGGCAAUGCAGGCGCCGCACACAACACUACCGAACGGCGUACGCUACUCGAAUCCGCACUUCCUGCGACGCCUGCCGCACAUGACCAAGGCAGCCGAGUCGCCGUACGGCCACUUGGGCUACGGCGCCGGACAUCAUGCCUUUGCCAAGCUGCCCCACGAGACGCAUCCCACCAUACCCGAGGAUCGCGACUCGGCCAACUACUCGAUGGCCUCCGAUCAGGACUGUGGACUCUAUGUGACGGCCCAGCUGCAUUAGGCUACAAGCUCCAAGCACCAUCUAUGUACCAUUUACUCAGUUUUGCGUAGUACUGUAGUAGCUUAGGACCCUACCCCUAAAUGUAUCCGUGAACCCCAUACUCUUCUAAGUUCGCCUCUCGGUUUUUUGUACAGCGUCGUACCCAAGAGAAGCCACACCACUAAUCCACUAAACUUCCAAAUGAAAUGCACUCGAGAUCGGCUGGAGAACGAGUUCCGAUUUGGGUACACACGAGAAUAUAUUAUAUAUUCAUUUACAUUUUUCAAUUGCUUUGCCUAAAACAAAAGAUGACUACUACACGAUAGGGAUCGAACGAGAUAAUUUUGUAGCAACACAAAUCCCACUCUCAGUCGUAGCUGAUGAUGAUGAUCAUGAUGACAAAAUGCCCACGCAAUGAAAACCACUAAAUGUACGAUCCAUACUAUAUAUCUUCAUGCAUCUACAACAAAUCCAAAUCCAAAACUAAAUCUAUUUAUAUUUAUAUCUAUAUCUACAUUAUAUAUAUUUAUACAUGGCUAUGCUCGUAUACAAUGUGUAAGAUAAUAAGCUAAUUGUGUUUAAGGUAAUCAAUGUAAACUAAAGUUUAUCAUAUCAUAUAUGAAUGGAAAAAUAUCUAUAGCUAACUGUAAGACUCUCUCCACCCCCUUAUAUCUUAUGCAUUACUCUAAACAGAAGCAACAAAUAUCAUAACUUGAUCAUGUGCAAGCACUCGAAAGUAUUUUUCCCCCCUAAGCAAUUUCUAACACAGACUAGACACAAAACACGCACACAUGGAAGGCGGAACAAAAGGCAUACGAAUUUAAGCAGCAAUUGUAUGGUUUUUUUCGGUAUUGUAAGGAUUAGUAAUUGUAUUGUAAAAUGGCUAAACCAAUGUAAUGGCACUAACUAGCCAAGCUUCAGCUAGUCGGAUAUAGUGGACACCCCAGCAAGGCUUCUGCAUGCACAAACAAAUAUAUGUGCGAGUAUUUUCUAUGGUCUCUCAAUGCUUAACGUUUAAGAUGAAUGUAAAAUGUAAUGUAACAAAGCGACAAUAUGAAUACUAUUAUUUAAUGUAUGAUACUAAAUGAUAUACUGCUACUACUUACUAGCCACGACCCCAUACACACAUACAUAUCUCCCAUGCCCAUGCACACACGCAAAACACUUAAGACUUUCCACGUUGGACUCCUGCACACAGACACACUGCUUCAAGUGCAUAGAUUUGUUUUAGUUCUUGGCCAAAGGUUCAUUCUCGCGUAGCAAGGAUUAGCGAUAGUGAUACACUGCCACACACAUCAAUUUUAUCUUUGAGCAGAACUCGAAUGCGAGCUUAUACGUGCUUCGGAUCCUUCCUCCCUGUUAAAGACUCUCUCACAAGGAGGCGUGGAGCGCCAAGAAGUUCCCACAAUUAGCAAAUGAAUUUUGUUUCACUGAGGUAACCAAUAUCCUUGGUAAGGACAUUUUUGUGUUGACGGGAAGCCAUGGCUUGUUUGGAUUGGCCCACGAAUAGCGGAGAAAAUUAAAUAAUUUUGAGAGGGAAAAAUAUUCCUGAUCGUUCAUAGGGAUCUUCUUCAUCUGCUGUAAUUCUGCCAGUGAAUUGGCAGGUCCUCUGGAUCACUAAAAUACAUGCCACGUUCAGAUUGGCUCAUAAAUAGCCUGAAAAGAAGACGAAGGACUGAAAAGAAGGUAGACCGAGAUACCAGGUUGAAAUCGGCAGAAGGUAACUGGUUCUUAUUUUUUUCAUCGUGUCAAGAACUGGCUGCUAUGAAACGGAUUCUUAAUUCAGUUGCAACUAAAAGCAUGCUACACUUUUUUGCGAUCGCGAAGUAGCAAAAUAAUGCAACCGUAUGGUCUAACCCCCAAAAGUAUGCUAUUAUUUAAAAAUAAAUUCGCUUGGUAUCCAGCAAAUUAAUAAAUUGGAAAUACUUGGUUUUGAGCGUUACAAUUGUAACACCAUCAGAUAAAGCUUUUGUUGUACAGCAAUAGAAACAACUUUUAUUGUGCAACAAAUAACGAAAUACAAUAUUAAAAAUUAUUCGUGGCUCGAAAGGCUCAAGGACUUUUUCCAUGUCAUAAUCCAAACUCCAAUCUCCCUCUUUGUGCCCAAUCUUCCUUUCCGAUCUGACCGUGGCACACCUCUCGUGAUCGCGAGUAUGUUUGCCGCCAGAUAUUAAUUUUGCUAAGGACCUCCACUCGGCACUAUCGUUUCGUAUACGAAACGUAUAAGCGUAUCUCUAGUGGAUUGCCAAUGGUUAUGUCGACAACAUUCCUGGAAAUCUGGUCAAGGAGGAAAGAUUAAAUAAUUGUUAAAGAUAAUCCUUAGACAGCACGCGAGCACCAUCAUGGUAGAGAAUUCGAUCGUAUUUAUUUUCGUUAUAAAGACUGAUUAGUGUUAUACAACAAUUUGAAAGGCACUCAACUACACCAGAACCUAAACAAGAGACCCC